CCAGCAAAGACCCAUCAAGUAAACCAGACCAUCAACAUGUCCCCCGCCAAAGUCAGCGCCAACGACGUGCCCAUGCACGGCAACGGCUUCUACAGCUCCAACUCGGCCCUGCAGCACGCCGCCAUGCUCCACGCCCUGCCUCUCCUAUCCGCGGCAGCGACAGCAUCCAAAGCGAAGCAGCAAGACCCAACCUCGCGCCCCCUCACAAUCCUCGAAUUCGGCUCCGCCCACGGCAACAACUCUCACACCCCGAUAACCACGAUCCUCAAAUCCCACGCCCCGGCCCCCACCCGCGAAAUCCACCUGCAGUUCAACGACCGCCCCGCCAACGACUUCACCACCCUCGCCGCCAACCUGACAGCCAUGACCUGGCCCAGCAACAACAAAGUGUUCACCUCCCUCCUCCCGGCCUCCUUCUACUCGCGCGUCGCCCCGAAGGCAAGCGUGGACGUGGCCUUCAGCCUCGCGGCGCUGCACCACCUCGACCGCGUCACCCCGGUGCCGCCGCAGGGCCCCGUCCCGACGCACGAGGCCCGGCAGGCCGAGUUCCGCGCGCAGGCGCACGCCGACCUCCUCGCUUUCCUGGCGCAUCGCGCGGACGAGAUCGUGCCGGGCGGGGCGCUGGUGCUGAGCUUCGUGGGGCAGGAGCUGGGGCCCGCCGGCGAGGAGAUCACCAACUAUGCGGCGCCGGUGGACGCGUGUCGCGCGGCGAUGGUCGAUAUGCUGCGGGCCGGGGCGCUGAGUCCCGCCGUCGCGACGGUGUUCGAGGUGCCCGCUUAUAAUCGCUGUAUGGCGGAUGUGCGGCGUACGCUGGCGGAGGGGGCGGUGGGGGCGGAUUGGGAGGUGGAGGAGGUGUUUGAGCGCAAGGUUGUGCAUCCUGCGCUCCGGGAGUUGGAGGAGCGGAGGGAGGCGGAGCCGGGGAGGGAGGACGAGCAUGCGCAGUGGUAUGCGCGCACGGUGGUGGAUUGGCUGAUGGCUGUUGUGGCGGGGUAUUUUGUUAAGGCUGUCAGGGAGGGGAUGGGGGUUACGGAUCAGACGGUCGUGGAUGGGCUGUUGGCGGAGUGGGUGGAGCGGACUAGGGCGAGGUUUUUGGAGGAGCAUCGGAACGAGGCUGUUGAAUGUUGGUUUGUUUAUGUUCGGUUGGGGAGGAAGUAG